CUUAAACUGGGGUUGUACUGUGAGUAUGUAUUGUAUUGUACAAUACAUACUAGGAACGGUACCUACCUUACGUAUCCGUACCACAGUUCUCUUAGCUGCGUUCAUCUCAUCUGGUGGGGUUCUUAGCUUGACCAGAUGAUGCGUUGAUGUUACAAAGACCUCGUCGUGCUCAACAGCAUCUCGACCUCGACCCACUGUACCCUCGAGACCGACAAUACUCAGCUCUGUACUAAGCCACGCAACGUGGUAGAUUCAAGUUGCCACUAGUCGUUCAGAAACCAGACAGAAGGCGCAAUGGCCAGCUCCUUGCCUCUCCAAGUAGCCGAGACGGUCCAAACCGCACAUCUCCAGCGCGACCCAUCGCCCCAACACGAUCUGAACCCGUCAACAGCAACCUCUAAGAAGGAGCCCGUCCGCCUCGAGCCGGUCUUCCCCGACGAUGGCGGCAUUGAUGAUGUGACCGAGGGCACAGAAGGGGAGGAAGAGGAGGAAGACGAGUUCUACAGAUCGCGCAUCACGCCGCGUCCGCGGCGGCACAACCUCCCGCCGAUGCCCGACCUGCGCUUUGAGCAGAGCUACUUGUGGAGCAUACGGAAUGCGGAUACGUGGUGGAAGGUUGGGUGGAUUACGGUGAGGGAUCAAGUCAUGAUGCCGCUUGUGCAGGGCAUCCUCUACAACUUGGCUAUCUGUGGAUGGCAGUACUGGAACCGAAAUGCACAGAUCCAUGGGUCAUCAAUCGGGGCGAGAGUGAGAAGGUGGUGGUAUGGAGUUAACAACUGGCCCAUACCACCCGAACGGAAGGUCGGUGUAAGGAGAAGGGCGUGGUAGAGGGGCAUAUGGUAAUACCAACCCAGAACUCAACAUAGCCCGUCAUUCUGCAGCCCUUAGCAUUCUAAGUAAAACCUGGGUUUCUCAGGUAGCUAGAAUGUUGCGGAUAAAACAAAUCUAUUACGGACCAAGAGUCUGCUGGCAUAUCAGAUACA